AUGGCGGUCUCUGUUAGACGAGCCUUAAUUCUUUCCAAGAGCUUCCGUUGCGCACUUCGAACAGCCUCUAUCAGUUCUCGCCAUACCUUCGCUUACAUCAACUCCUCAUAUUUAGGCAAUACCCAUGAAUCUGCUGCUGCUGUUGAUAGAUUUCUAGCUUCUCCAUCGGCGGGUUUUUAUCAGUUCAAUUCUCGGCGAGGAUUCGCCAAAGGGAGGAAGCCACAAAUUAAGGAGGAGGAAGAAGAAGAGGAUGAGGAGAGUGAGGAAGUGGAAGAGGAGGAAGAGGAUGAUGUUGAGGACGAAGAUGGAGGCGACAUAGCAGCUCGCAUCAAAACUACUUGUCUCUCACUGAUGAAUGCGGCAACUGAUUCUCUUUCUCGGGAGUUAACCAAACUGCGUACUGGAAGAGCAUCGUCAGGGAUGAUCGAUCACAUUGUGGUUGAACAGUAUGGCGUGAAGACGCCCAUUAGCAGGAUGGCAGUUGUCUCUGUAUUGGACCCGAAAACACUGGCAGUCACUCCCUAUGAUCCCAAUGCUAUGAAGGAAUUGGAGAAGGCUAUUAUCUCAUCUCCACUGGGUUUAAACCCCAAAACCGAUAACCAACGAUUGAUUAUACCCAUACCUCCAUUAACCAAAGAGCACAUGCAAGCUGUAUGCAAGGUGGUUGCUAAAUCAUCCGAAGAUGUGAAGCAGAGCAUAAGAAGAGCUCGCCAAAAGGCAUUAGAUAGCAUAAAGAAGGCAGCACCACCCAAGAAGAAGGAAAAAGAAAAAGAUAAAGAUAAAAAGGAUAAGAAGGAAAAGGCCGGUCCAACUAUUUUUGAGGACGAUGCUAAAAGACUCGAGAAAGAAAUUGAUGACUUGACCAAAAAGUUCAUCAAGACAGCUGAAGAUAUGUGCAAGGCUAAGGAAAAGGAGAUCCGAGGAGGCUAA